AAGCCAUCUCCUCGCCCGCAGCGGCCUCGGGAGGCGGAGAGGAGGGACUCGGCGAGAGGAACGCGCCGGAGCAGCAGCCGCCGGCCGGAGCCUGGGGAGCCCGGGGCCUGUCAGCGAGUCCCGACGAGGUACACCAGUUCACAGUCUAGCUUUUUCCAAGAGCAGCAGAAAAUGAAUGAAUCCCAGGGGUCAGUAUCGUUCAGGGAUGUGGCCGUGGACUUCACCCAGGAGGAGUGGCAGCAGCUGGACCCUGAUGAGAAGAUGACCUACAGGGACGUGAUGCUGGAGAACUACAGCCACCUCGUCUCUGUGGGGUAUGACAGAACCAAACCCAACGUGAUCAUCAAGUUGGAGCAAGGAGAAGAGCCAUGGGUAGCAGACAGCAAGUUCCUACAGCAGCAGCAUCCAGAAAAAGUCUGGAAAGUUGGUGACCUGAUAGAGAGAAUCCAAGAAAAUGAGGAUGAAUGUUCAAGGCAAGCUGUAUCAAUCAACAGCAGAACCCUGACCGAGGAGAGAGAGGAUGCGUUUGAUAAAACAUAUAACAUGGAAACAAGUCUUGCUCCUUCAAAUCUAAUGUCUCAUAAUUGUGUCUCAUGUGGGAAGACUUUGGAAUCUACUUCAGAAUUAAUUAUUAGUGAUGGAAGCUAUGCAAGAAAGAAACCUGAUGAGUGUAGUGAAUGUGGGAAAACAUAUGGAGAGAAACUCUAUGAAUUUCAUCAAAAUGGGGAAGCCUGUUCUCAAAAUGAAGAAAGUAUUCAGAAAAUUAGUAUUUUGGAGAAACCCUUUGAAUAUAAUAGAUGCACAGAAGCCUUAGACAAUGAAGCCGUUUUCAUUACUCAUAAGAGCACUUAUAUGGGGGAGAAGCACUAUGAAUGGAAUGAUUCUGGACCAGACUUCAUCGAGAUGUCAAAUUUUAACAUAUACCAGAGAUCGCAGAUGGACUUGAAGCCCUUUGAAUGCAGUGAGUGUGGAAAAUCCUUCUGCAAAAAGUCAAAAUUCAUUAUACAUCAGAGGGCUCACACAGGAGAGAAACCUUAUGCGUGUAACGUAUGUGGGAAAUCCUUCAGCCAGAAAGGAACUCUCACCGUGCAUCGGAGAUCACAUUUAGAGGAGAAGCCGUAUAAAUGCAAUGAGUGUGGGAAAACCUUCUGUCAAAAGUUGCACCUCACACAGCACCUGAGGACUCAUUCAGGAGAGAAGCCCUAUGAAUGUAACGAAUGUGGGAAAACCUUCUGCCAAAAGACACAUCUUACCCUACACCAGAGAAACCAUUCAGGAGAAAGACCCUAUCCAUGUAGUGAAUGCGGAAAAUCCUUCUCCCGUAAGUCAGCUCUUAGCGACCACCAGAGAACCCACACGGGAGAGAAGCUUUACAAAUGCAAUGAAUGUGGGAAAUCCUACUACCGGAAAUCCACCCUCAUCACACAUCAGAGAACACACACAGGAGAGAAGCCCUACCAGUGCAGUGAGUGUGGGAAGUUCUUCUCUCGGGUAUCAUACCUCACUAUCCAUUAUAGGAGUCACUUAGAAGAGAAGCCCUAUGAAUGUAAUGAAUGCGGAAAAACCUUCAACCUCAACUCAGCCUUUAUCAGACAUCGGAAAGUACACACAGAUGAGAAGCCCCACGAAUGCAGUGAGUGCGGGAAGCUCUCACACCUCACCAGCCUUCACACAACUCAUCUAGGAGAGAAGCCCUAUGAAUGUAGUGAGUGUGGGAAAACCUUUCUUGAAAACUCAGCCUUCGAUGGGCACCAGCCGCUUCCCACAGGGGAGAAGUCAUAUGAAUGUAACAUAUGCGGGAAGGUGUUCUCUGAGCUGUCGUACUACACCAUACAUUAUAGGAGUCAUUCGGAAGAGAAACCCUAUGGGUGUAAUGAGUGUGGGAAAACUUUCUCCCAUAACUCAUCCCUCUUCCGACACCAGAGAGUCCACACAGGAGAGAAGCCUUACGAGUGUUACGAGUGUGGGAAGUUCUUCUCUCAGAAGUCUUAUCUAACGAUACAUCACAGGAUCCACUCGGGAGAGAAACCCUAUGAAUGUAGCAAGUGCGGGAAAGUCUUCUCUCGGAUGUCAAACCUCACUGUGCACUACAGAAGCCAUUCGGGAGAGAAGCCCUAUGAAUGUAAUGAAUGUGGGAAAGUCUUCUCUCAGAAGUCAUACCUCACUGUGCAUUACAGGACUCAUUCAGGAGAGAAGCCGUAUGAAUGUAAUGAGUGUGGGAAAAAAUUCCACCACAGGUCGGCCUUCAACAGCCAUCAGAGAAUUCAUAGGAGAGGGAACUUGAAUUUACUUGACAUGGGAAGUCUCCUCUGAAGUCAGUUCUCAUUCUAGAAAACCCUCUGCACAUAAUGGGUGUGGGAAGUCCAGCUGAGAGUCAGAUACCACUGUCUGAGAGUUCCUGUUUCUGAAUAAGGAAAAGCGUUUAGGCAUUGGAUUGAUUCUAACCUGAAUUUUCACAAAGACCAAUCCCUAAAAACACAAGAAGCAAAGCUUUCAGCAACUCAUUGGACACAUAGACAGUUUACACAAGAGUAAAACUCUAUAAAUAUUUAAUAUUUAUUUUGGAUUCCAGUAGUCUUUGCAUAUCAGGGAGUCAUACCGAGGCAAAAUCUGUUGAAGCAAUGAAUGUGGAAAAUACAUUGUCUUGGCAGUUGUUAUACUAAAAGCCAUAUUUCUGACAUAAAAUCUAAUGUUUAUAGGAACAGUAUCAGAAGCUAUCAGCUCUGAAUAAACCUUUAUUGUAGAAAAUGAAGUUUUAAAAUCUUCUGGAGUUGAUAAUGAGGACUCUAGCAUUAAAUAUGUACAUGGAAGUUUCUAUCACAUUUCCAAAAUGUGAUUAACAUUAAUUCUAUGCAAGUUUGGAUUUAAAUAAUUUGUGAAAAGGCAGUAUUCUUAUUUGAGUAUUAAGCUGGCAAAUGUACUAAUGUAAGCAUAUUGUGUUGAGGUGUUUGACAGGUACCAAAUAGUUAAAAUUCAUAAUUUUCUAUUCUUUUGAGGCAUUUUCAAAUGGGCUUUUAAUGAGUACUUCAUCAACAAAGGAGCCAGUGACUUUUGUAUAGCUUCCAACUGCACUGGAGCAAAAACAACUUUUAAAUACUAUUUUCAUAAACCAUGAAUAGAUCACUUGGAAUCUAGUCUUUUCAGUGAAGGACAGCUAUACUGCUCACACUCUAUAAAAUACACCCCUCUCUCCUGCCACUCUUGUUUUUUAACCCACAGGUUUGAGUGUGCAGUUUGCCACUAUGAUGUAGUCCAGAAAUUCUCCCUGUGCUUUAUUUGAUAUGAAUCUGGAGUCAUUACUUUCUGUACUGACUCUUAUUCCAGAAUUCUGAAAACAAAUUGAUGCAAUAUUUCUAGCAGUCAUUUUUGGUUGAUUAACGCAGUGUCCCUUUUACCCUCUUUACUCACUGGAAGAAGUUAGGUGUCUACUAUUACUUCACAUAACACAGAGGGUGAAUCCUGAGUGACCUAAACCAAUCAUGAUAAUUUCAUUCUGAUUAUUGAUAACUUGUUUAUAGUGGUCACAUGACUGAAUCCUGGGCUAACAUAACAGAGACAGUUCUGGAAAAAUGAUAACAAAAGAGUGAUCAAAUGGGUCUUACUCCAGGAAUGUGAGGAUACAUUAAUUAAAAAAAAAAAAAAUCACUGUAAUCUAUCACGCU